CCGUGGCAUCUUGAAAUCCCAAACUGAUUUUUAAUCAGGCAUGAAGUGGACAAAGUAACGCCAGCUGGGGUCCUAGCGAGGUCCUUUGAAUGCAAGUGGCGCGGCGUGCGGCUGAAAAAGACUUUCUUAUGUGUUUGAAUUGUAUGUUGUUGUUUUUUUUAAAUAAACGCGGAAUAAUAUCAUAUGAUAAUUAGAUUUUCCUCGUUUAAUGUGUGGUUUUAUCGUUGCUCUUAAGUCAUGCUUUCGUUUGGGCAGGACCAUUGGUUCAUUCGAAAGGUGAUAUGUUGGAGGGCAGCAGCAAGCAUUGCUUGGUCAGUGCUGUUGUUACCAGUUAUUACAGCACUGUUUGUGUUUUUGAGCCAUCUUGAUCUGUUCCAUCCUGUGCAAUGGAUAUCAGAUUCACUGAGCGUCCUGGGUGGUUCCUAUGUUAUUUUUUCUGUGGUUCUUCUGUGCUUGGUGGUGCUGGUUGUUGGCUUUUUCGAUCUGCAGUAUUACACAGUGGUGCCAUCAAUUCCCUGCACUAAGAUAGCUCUGAUUGGAAAGGUGCUUCACCCUCAGCAGUUUAUCCACUCCUUGGCUCACUGUCUGAUGGGGUUGCUGGUGUCUUGGUGUGCAGCAGUCAUGAUCGGGGGAAGAUACCACGUUUUUGCCAAGCCUUGUCAUUCAGAGGAAAGUCAUCAGAUGUGCCUCAAUGAGUACCAUCUCUUCUUCCUGUUGGCUGGUGCUUUCAUGGGGUACAGCUACAGUCUGCUCAGUGUUGUUAAAAACAUGAACUAUGUCUCUUUUCAGACCAUACAGCAAUACAAGUAUUUGCGCUUCAAGGGAACCUUACCAGUGGUGAUUAAACACAGCGCAGUUCAGUCAUUGUAUUCAGUGCGGAACUACUGCAUUACAUAUUUAUUCUUGGGCUAUAUCCCCAGAGCAUGGAUCUGUACAACCAUGAACCUCAGUAGAGACAGCACUCUUCACGCACUGGAUACACUGGCAGGGCUCCUGGACUUUUCUCUGAUGUUCCAUCUGUGGAUAACUGGUACCUUUCUUCUGGUAAUGUGGUACAUCACAUGGCUCCUCUUCAGAAUCUAUAUCACGGAGAUGUACUGGUUUCCCGUGCAAUCGACGUUUUCGGAGAAUGCCAGCCAGUGCCUUCCUAAAGUUUUAACCGGCCAGCAGCCCCCAAUUCUGAAGUUUUUAGCGCUGCAGGACUUGGCCUUGCUGUCUCAGAAUUCGCCGUCUAGAAGACAGGAGGUGUUCAGCUUAAGUCAGCCUGGAGGCCACCCCCACAACUGGACCGCUAUAAGCGGCGAGUGUUUAGGCUUGCUGAGCGACCUGACUCGGAGGCUGGUUGCUUACCACGAAGCUGUUGCGUCCAAUGGGAGAGUGAAACAGCAGUCUGCAGGCAGCGACAAAAAGUCAUCCUCCUCCUCCUCCUCCUCAAGCAGUUCAGAGCCGUCCGGUUUGGGAGAACUGGCCGGGUGGCCGGUGCAGACCCCCAGAGCCGGUGCCGGGCUGAGAACGCCCGGUUCUGUGUUGGCGAGGUCCUCGCUGGGGGGUCUGAGGAGCCCGCUGACGGCACCCUUCACCCCCGAUCUCGGAAGCCCGUUCGGUUCCCCGGCGAUCCAGCGUUUCGCGAGAACGCUCGACCCGGCUUCCCCCUGGUACGGCUCUGUGCAGAGUCCUCACGUCAUGAGGAGGGGACCCAAACUGUGGACUUCAUCUACAGACACGCUGGCGAAUGGGAGUCCUGCCGUUUCCCCAGCUCCAGAGCCAAGGGUCUCCCCAGCGGAGCACAAGCCCAGCUUCUUCUCCCUGUGGCUGCAGAACAGGCGGGAGCAGGUUAAAACUUUCUUGGCUAAGCGGGUGCUGGUAAUGUAUUUAUUUAAUAAGCUUCCAGAAGCCUCUAGUCAAGCCCUGUUUGCUGACAGUCAAGCUCACAUCUGGGCCCUUGAAGGACUGUCUAAUUUAGUUGCUGCUUCUUACACAGAGGACAGGUUUGGGGUUGUACAGACUACAUUUCCCAACAUCCUCAGUACGAUGCUGACCUUGCUGGAGGCGGUAGACAAGCACUUCAAGUUGCCCCAUGCCUCCAGCAAGCCGGUUCAAUCUUCAGGGAGCCUGGAGGACACUACAUACAAGACCCUGAGGUUUGCCCUGCGGGCCUCUCUGAAAACCGCCAUCUACAGGAUAACGGUCACCUUCGGAGAGCAUUUGAACGCUGUUGAGGUGUCUGCGGAGCACCGAAAGAGACUUCAGCAGUUCAUGGAGUACAAGGAGUGAUGAUCUUCGCCCAGUCCCUCUCUGUUAAUCCUGCAGACACUUAUUUAUAAAACCUCUAUUCUUCUUGUUACUGUAUUUCUGUUUUGUGUUCAUUCGGCUGAUGGAUGUCCGAGGCGAUCUAGACUGCUAUUGUGGUAACGGACUAAGAACACUGAUGGAAAAAAGGUGUUAAGGCUUCUUUUUUAUUUUUAUUUCUCAGAAUCUUCAUUUUAUACUUUACCUUUGCUUUCUGAGACCUUCUUUUUCUCACGCACAGCACUGAUUGGGGGUUGGUGCAGCCUAGAAGCUUCAAGACUGUGAUAGCUAAUGAUGAUAUUGGGGAAGCUUGGGUUUAGCAGAAAAAGAGUGUUCUGGCCCUGAAUCAUAGUAUGAACACUUUAAAAGAAAAUGGAACGAAGAAAAGUCCAAGUUCGUGUUCUAGAAUAUGGAAGAGUUAAGGUUUCUACUCUGUUAAUGUUAAAUCGUGAGUGGUGUGCCUUUUACUUCAUCACAGUGGCCAGAGAUGCUUGUGUAUAUCUUUUCAAAGAGAAAUAUGUGAUCAUAUGUUUAAAACGUGUUGCUGCUGAACUCCAACUUUGCCUUUGUGUAAAUGGGCUAAUACGAAACUGAAAACUAGUUUUAACUGGUUUCAGCUCUUAACCGCAUUAGUCUUGACCACCAAAGAGACUGACUUUUAGGUGCACGUUUUGUAAAACAAGAUUUACGAAAAGUAAAACAAAAAUUGUAUUUAUUCUGUAAUGGCACUGCAGAAUAGAGAAGCUCCUUGUUCAUAUGCAGAAUGAAUAUGGAUUAUAUAAUUGUGCUCAUGUUUAGCUGAAGUAAAAAGAAAGUUAAGAAUAAUAGAUUUGUACAAAAUGUUUUUGAGUAAAAUGCUGAUUUAAAAACUUUGUAAUAUCUUCAAAUUGUACACUCAGGUACAGUAAAAUAUUUUUUCUAUUAAAAUUGUGCAUUUGCAACA